AGCGGAACGACUGCGUAUACGUCCACGCACUCGAAUGAAAAAGUUUAUUUGUCCACCCACCAGAUUCUCAAACCAAACGGAAUUCAUGUGAGCAGAGGUGCAUACGCGCACUUCUUUCCCCCUCUCGCACACUCACAGUGCACUUAUCCACCUUUUCACCUUUCGUUUAGUUUUCUUUUUAUGAAUGAUUCUCUCUCGCAAUACAUCCUUGGAUACUUCGGCUUCACCACGAACUCACCUCGGCACAUCUUUUCUGAGGUCUAAACGCCACCAAGACUUUUUCAACCACAAGCGCACUUGGGGAAAAUACUCUAAAAACUUCACAUUUUCUUCUCUAACUGACGCUGAAGUAAACCUGAACAUGUCUAUCACAAGUCUGAAGUCUGAUUCCGAGACGAAUAACAACGUUUCCAUGGAAGAAGAGGUACGAACACUGUUUGUUAGUGGCCUACCAGUGGAUAUCAAACCUCGUGAACUGUACCUGCUAUUCAGACCAUUUAAGGGCUAUGAGGGCUCACUGAUUAAGUUAACAUCAAAACAGCCAGUUGGGUUUGUCACCUUUGACAAUCGGACUGGAGCCGAAGCAGCAAAAAAUGCAUUAAACGGCAUCCGUUUUGACCCCGAGAGCCCCCAGACCCUGCGCUUAGAGUUUGCUAAAGCCAACACGAAGAUGGCAAAGAGUAAGCUGAUGGGUACACCGAACCCCACAAAUAUCCACCCCGCUCUAGGAGCUCACUUCAUUGCACGGGACCCAUACGACCUGACAGGGGCAGCAUUGAUCCCAGCGUCACCAGACACAUGGACCCCAUAUCCCCUGUAUACCACGGAGUUGACCCCUGGGCUGCCCCACGGUGCCUUCACCUAUCCAGCUGCCGCCGCCGCUGCUGCAGCCCUACAUGCCCAGAUGCGCUGGUACCCUACGCCAUCUGAAACAAACCAACCAGGUUGGAAAUCCAGGCAGUUCUGUUAAAUAUUAAAUGUCUUUCUGGAACCACACCUUCUCCAUCCAGUUGAAGGGAUGUUUUCCUGAGCUCUUUGUUAAUUUAAUCAGGUUUAUUUAAUGGACAAAUAUGCAUUAAGGACCUUCAUCUUUUCUGGAUUCUAUCUGGAGGGGUCUGAACAGACUACACCUCACCAUCCACUGAUUGAGCUGAUGAUUCCUUUUGCAACCAUAUCGGUACCUUCUUAGCACUUCAAAACCUCUCACGAGCCAAGUCAACACCAUGGGUCAUUAUUUGCUGAUGAGGACACCCUGGAGAAGUUAUAUAUUCUAAAGCAACCUAUUGGGUAAUGGCUCUGGGAGGUCAGAAGGGCCAAGUCAUUGCAUGAAGUAUUUUUGGCAUGAUUUAGAAUGGAGUUCUAUGUAUCUUUGUUUCUUAGUGCUUGUGUCUUUCCCUGAACCUAGAGUCUAGAUGAUUAAUCCCCCUAUUCCUGUGUAAGCUUGGUCAUACCAGUGAAAGUGGGGCUGUUGUGUAAAUGGCUCCACUUGUGAAGACCUUGUGAAUGCAUCCCCAUGUUCUGGCAAUCCUGGUCUCUCCCAAAAUGUCUGUAAAGAGUAUAUUUGAGGAAAAGUAAUUCAUUUUUUUGUGCUUCUGUUUUAUGUAUAUUUGUGCUACUAAAUAAUUAACCUGUAUGUUUAGAAGUCUUUUGUGUUGGUGUUAUAUUGUUUGAUCAUUAUACUGAUUAAGUAGUUUAAUUAAUGGUGCAAUUUCUUUAUUUGGGGUGGGGGGGGGGCUCUGCUGAAGUAUUUUAAGACAGGCCAGUGUGCCAUUUGGACUGCUGAAAAUUGCUGUUUCUUCAGAAUGUGAAACUGGACUACAAACAUGAAUGGGGUUGCUUUUGGGGGGGGGAGGGGGAGACAUUGGAGGGUCAGCAGGAUUAGGUGGAUGGAGAAAUUUACGUUUGCAGUUGAGAAUGUUUGUUUGUCUCUGUAUCUGCUGAGCAUAAUAAAAUGAUUUAAACAAGCAAGUGAA